UGAGCGCGCCUACUCGUGCGCGCGCGGUCCUUCAUUCACAGAUAGAACGUUCACCGUUUGGUCUACAAGUUACCAUCUAGACCAGCUCGUGUAGAUCGGUUCAUAACAACAGUUAGCAACCAUUUAUUGGCAAAUAUUUCGUCUUCUUCAUGAUGAGAUUAUCAACACUACGCCACGCUUCUCGCUGCCUUCCGUCUUCUUCUGCGCAUCCACCCUACAGCGGAGGCAGGGUGAUCGGCUUUGGAAGGCGAUGCCUGCCGGUAGAUGAUUCAGCCAGGACCUGGUUAGUUCAGCGAGCAUCUAGCUCCAAAAGCGGCAGAAGUUCGGAAGCAGUGCUCAAUUCUGAGAGACGGAAAAGGAAAAACGAUGGACUUGGGCAAGAAAAUAUCCUCAGGGAGAUUGUUCAAAAAACCAAAGAGGAGAUGGUGGUCUUGCAGAGGGACCAACUUAGCCCAAUGCUAGCCAUCAUACAGGCAGGUGAAGACGACAGCCUGCUUGAAAUGAACAAGAAAAUGGCUGGAAAGAUUGGCCUGAAUAUUACUCAGAUCUGUCUGCCAAGAGAGUGCACUGAGGAUGAGAUUAUUGAGGAGGUGCUGCGUCUAAAUGAGGACCCCAAGGUGCACGGUGUGUACCUCCACCUCCCCCCUGCCUCCCUCACCAGCAGGGUGCUCGACUCCCUCAAGCCCAACAAAGACGUGGACGGUGUGACCGACCUGAACGCGGGCCGUCUGGUGCGAGGGGACGUGACCCAGGGCUUUGUGCCACCCGUGGCCAGAGCUGUCAUGGAGCUGCUGGCCAGACAUGACGCCCCUCUGGAGGGCAAGACAGUGGUGCUGGUGGGGGGUGAAGAACCCCUGGGGGUGGCCCUGCAGUGCCUGAUGCAGAGAGGCAGCAUGGUGGUCCUCAACAGCACCUCAGGCGGGCUACAGAAACAGGUGGUGCAGGCUGAUGCCGUGGUCCUCCUGGGGCCUCACAUGGAUGUCCCACCCAGCUGGCUGAGACCCGGGGCUGCUGUCAUCCACUGUAGCCCCGCCCUGACGACAGAUGGUGAUGGAGUAGAGAGCUCUUCCUGGUCAGAGGUGGGGCCUCUCUCCGCAGCCCUCAGAAUGAAGAACGUGGUGCGUAGCGGCCGUCUCUGGCUGCAGGAGCAGCAGUACAGACCCUGGAGGCUCCGCAGCCUCAAGCUGCAGCCCCUCUCCCCUGUGCCCAGUGACAUUGAGAUCUCCCGCGCCCAGACCCCCAAGCCCGUGGGUCAGCUGGCUGAGGAGGUGGGCCUGCUGCCCGGCGAGCUGGAGGCCUAUGGGAGCACCAAGGCCAAGGUCCGCCUCUCGCUGCUGGACCGCCUGCAGGGCCAGCCCGACGGGAAAUACGUCCUCGUGGCCGGCAUCACUCCCACACCGCUUGGCGAGGGUAAAAGCACGGUGACCAUCGGCCUGGUGCAGGCCCUCUCCGCCCACCUCAAGCUCAACUCCUUCGCCUGCCUCCGACAGCCCUCCCAGGGACCCACCUUUGGGGUCAAAGGGGGGGCUGCGGGAGGGGGCUAUGCCCAGGUCAUCCCCAUGGAAGAGUUCAACCUUCAUCUGACAGGCGACAUUCACGCCAUCACGGCAGCCAAUAACCUCGUAGCAGCAGCCAUUGAUGCCCGGAUUCUCCACGAGGCCACCCAAUCAGACAAGGCCCUGUACAACAGACUCGUUCCUCCAGUGAACGGAGUCAGGCGUUUCUCACCCAUUCAGAUCGCCAGGCUGCGACGUCUGGGCAUCAGUAAGACCACGCCCGGCUCUCUCACGCCCCAGGAGGUCAGCUCCUUCGUUCGCCUCGACCUCGACCCCUCCAAGGUCACCUGGCAAAGAGUGGUGGACACCAACGACCGCUUCCUGAGACAGAUCACCGUGGGACAAGCCAGCACUGAGAAGGGCCACGUCAGACAGACUCAGUUUGACAUCGCUGUGGCCAGUGAGAUCAUGGCCAUCCUGGCCCUGACCGACGGCCUGGGCGACAUGAGAAGACUGGGGCGCAUGGUGGUGGGCAGCCGCAGUGGAGAGCCCAUCACUACAGAGGACCUGGGUGUGAGCGGUGCGUUGGCAGUGUUGAUGAAAGAUGCUAUUAAGCCCACUCUGAUGCAGACCCUCGAGGGUACUCCAGUGUUCGUCCACGCUGGGCCCUUCGCCAACAUCGCCCAUGGCAACUCCUCCGUGCUGGCAGACAAGCUGGCAUUGAAGCUGGUUGGACAGGACGGCUAUGUUGUGACUGAAGCAGGGUUCGGGGCAGACAUUGGGAUGGAGAAGUUCUUCAACAUUAAGUGCCGGGCCUCCAAGCUGCAGCCCAACGUCGUGGUGCUGGUGGCCACGGUCCGAGCCCUCAAGAUGCACGGGGGUGGGCCCAACGUGUCGGCAGGAUCACCUCUGCCCAGAGAGUACACAGAUGAGAACCUGAGCCUGGUGUCAGAGGGCUGCAGUAAUCUGAAGAAGCAGAUUCAGAUCGCCCACCUGUUUGGAGUACCUGUAGUGGUUGCUCUCAACGUCUUCAGGACCGACACCCAGGCGGAAAUUGACAUCGUGUGCCAGAUUGCCAGAGAGUCGGGCGCGUGCGCCGCCGUGCCGUGUCAUCACUGGGAGCGGGGUGGGCAGGGCUCGCUGGAGUUGGCCCAGGCGGUGAAGGAGGCGGCCAGCACACCCAGCCACUUCCGGUUCCUCUACGACCUCCAGACGCCCAUAGUGGAGAAGAUCAGGAUGAUAGCUCAGAAGGUGUACGGGGCUGAUGACAUUGAGCUGUCCCCAGAGGCCCAGGCCAAGAUAGACUACUACACCCAGAAGGGCUUCAGCACACUGCCCAUCUGCAUGGCCAAGACCCACCUGUCCCUCUCCCACAUGCCCGACAAGAAGGGCGUGCCCACCGGCUUCACUCUGCCAAUCAGAGACGUCCGUGCCAGCAUUGGGGCGGGGUUCAUCUACCCCCUGGUGGGCACGAUGAGCACCAUGCCAGGCCUGCCCACGCGCCCCUGCUUCUAUGACAUCGACCUUGACCCUGUCACUGAGGAAAUCACCGGGCUGUUCUGAGCACGCUCCAAUCUCAGCAGGGGGAUUGGCUGCAGGAUCAAGCCUCUUCUGGCUCCAGCCCUGGUCUGACAUCCGCCGACACAGGAAGGACUCUCAAGGCACGCUUUAUUACUGGUGGCAUCAUUUUGCAUAUCAUCCUUGUUUAAGCCAAGCGAGACCUAUCAACCUGUGGGCUUUUUUAUGUGUCUUAAAAAGAUUUCAGUAGUUUUAGUUGAAAAGGAACGUGUUUUAAGUUACUUUUAUCAAAUUAAGCCAUAAAGUUGUUUGUUUGAGAUUCUAUCGCUGCUGAUGUUUUAUACGCCUGUGUCCUAACUUUAUUUUACUAAAUGCAGUGUUUCUGAACCAGAUUCAGAAAGUGUUAUGCGCACAAGCUCUUUUUAAUGUAGCCUAACAUUUCCGAACCAAAGAAAAUCCUGCUGACAGUGUGAAUCUAUGAUUGUGUGAGUCCUAACUGCGUGACUUUAUAUAGAAAUCCUCAGCCUUAAUAAAAGUUUCAACAAAUGCCA